CUCCAGCAAUAAACUUCAGUCUCUCUCUGAUGACCUCCGACUCUUGCCUGCCCUUACUGUUCUUGAUAUACAUGAUAAUCAGCUGACAUCUCUGCCUUCAGCUAUAAGAGAGCUAGACAAUCUUCAGAAACUUAAUGUCAGGUAAAGUGAACCCAUGUCUAAGACUGCAGGUACAGUGAUGUGAACCGGAAAUCCCUUUUCUUCACAUAGAAAAUAACCUUGAACUACAGUGUGGCCCGUAGGAAGCAGGGUUGGUUAAACACCUGCCAGAUGCUGAAUUCUACCCAAGAGGAGACAACCCUUGGAGACCAGAUCUUUGCAUCAUCCCAGAAACUGGUUAAGGGAGAACAAGAAUUUAAUGAUUCAAUUAUUUGUUUUUUCUAUUUAGAGGAAUCUUGCUAUUUGUCUCAAUGUAACCCCACAGUGCUGUGCUCUGGGACUCCUGUGUUAGUCACAGAAGUCUGCGGUGCUGUACACAGCAACUUUGUCUAUGUGUUUUGUUUUUAGAAUUCAUUAUAUCCUCUUUGUCUCUACAGAUUUAAGGCCAAUUGAUUUUUAUGUAUUUUAUGUUUAUGAGAUACUUUUGGCUCUUGUUUUAGAAAACUUCUUUCUUAGAAUCUCAGGUUUUAGUUUUCAUUUUUAGCCUGAAAAUUUUUGCACAGUAGAUUUGAAAUAUUAAUUAUUUCAUUAGCAGUGAAGAAUUUUGUGUUCUUUUUGUUGGUUUUGGUCUUUGUUUUUGGGGUUUUGGUACUCAGUGGAGGUCAAGACCCCAUGUAUGCUCAGCAGCUGAGCCAAACCUUAUGGCUUUUACCUAUGAGUAGUAGUUAAACAUGUCCAGACAGCUUUGGGCUCCAUGAUUUUAAUGUAAUAUUAUUAGUCUAAAGUCCCUGGUAUUUCCCUUUCCCCUGUUAUAUGUAAGCUAAAAUAAGAAAAUGGGAUAAAUUUUAUAGUUGAACAUUUUAAGUUAUGAUGCACCUGAAAUUUAUUCAUGCGACUUCCCCCUCUUUCUUUUUUCAAGACAGAAAUUCUCCGCAUAACAGCCCUGGAACUGAAACUCCCUUUGUAGACCAGACUGGCCUAAAACUCCAGAGAUACACUUGCUUCUGCCUCCCGAAUGAUAGGACUAAAUGUUUGUGCCACCACAUCCAUCAGUUCGUAAAGGUUAACUCCAAUAAAGAGACGAAAGUGCAUUAUCCUUUAGGCUGUACAAAGGCACCUGUGAGACUUAAACCAAGGAUCUCAUGUUUACAAGACAGGUGCUUUAACCAACCAUAACAAACUGAAAAUGCUGCCUGAAGAAAUUACAAGCUUAAAAAACCUGAAGGCGCUGCACCUCCAGCACAAUGAGCUGACUUGCAUACCUGAGGGGUUUGAACACCUUUCCAGCUUAGAAGAUUUAGAUCUUUCAAGCAAUCGUCUUGCAACCGUGCCUGCUGAUUUUGCUUUGCUGUCCAAUCUGCUGCGACUCAAUCUUUCCAGUAACCAGCUGAAGAAUUUGCCAGCAGAAAUAAGCAGAAUGAAAAGAUUAAAGCAUUUGGAUUGUGAUGCCAAUCUCCUUGAGACUGUGCCUCCUGAUGUGGGCAGCAUGGAAUCACUGGAAUUGCUUUAUUUGCGAAGGAAUAAAUUACGAGUCCUACCUGAGUUUCCUUCUUGUAGGCAACUAAAGGAAUUGUACUUAGCUGAGAACCAGAUCGAGAAGUUAGGGGCAGAGCAUCUUCAACACCUGCAGGCCAUUCUUGUGCUGGACCUAAGGAGCAACAAGCUGAGGUCUGUUCCUGAGGAAAUGGCCCUGCUGCAGUCUUUGGAAAGGCUUGACCUGAGCAACAAUGAUAUUAGUAGUCUGCCCUGCUCACUGGGAAAUCUUCAUUUGAAAUUUCUGGCACUAGAAGGAAAUCCUCUAAGAACCAUUCGAAGAGAAAUUAUAGCUAAAGGAACGCAAGAAGUCCUAAAAUACCUGCGGAGCAAGAUCAAAGAUGAUAGAACCAAUCAAAACGAUUCUGUUCCUGAGACUGCCAUGACACUACCAAGUGAAGCCAGAGUCAAUAUCCAUGCCAUAGUCACACUAAAGCUGCUGGAUUAUAGUGAUAAACAAGCAACCUUGAUUCCUGAUGACAUUUUUGAUGCCACAAAAAACACGGUCGUCACUUCCAUCAACUUCAGCAAGAAUCAGCUGUGUGAGAUUCCACAAAGGAUUGCUGAGCUGAAGGAGAUGGUGCUAGACGUCAACCUCAGUUUCAACAAGCUUUCUCUUGUGUCCCAUGAGCUGUGCCUGCUUCAGAAGUUGGCAUUUCUAGAUUUAAGGAAUAAUUUUUUAAGUUCUUUGCCUGAAGAGAUGUCAUCACUGACAAAACUACAAACAAUCAAUCUUUCCUUUAACAGGUUCAAAGUGUUUCCUGCAGUUCUGUAUCACAUCUCCACACUGGAAACAAUUCUGAUCAGCAACAAUCAGGUUGGCUCUGUGGACCCUCUGAAGAUGAAGCUGAUGGAAAAUCUGAGUACUCUAGACCUUCAAAACAACGACCUUUUGCAGAUUCCCCCAGAGCUUGGGAACUGUGUGCAGCUACGGACACUACUGCUAGAUGGAAAUCCCUUCCGAGUUCCUCGAGCGGCCAUAUUGAUGAAGGGCACAGCUGCGGUGCUGGAGUAUUUGAGAGAUCGAAUCCCUGCCUGAGUACAGCUGGCCUUGAACUCUGGGCAUGGUCCCUUGUCCCAGGUGGCACUAGGCAGUCACUGGGCUGUUCAUUCCCCUAAAUGUCUACAGUUUGUGAAGUGCUGUGAACAUUUAUAAUGAUGUCAACUACAAUAGAUUGUAGAGGUUCUAUAAAUUCAUUCCCUUAUGACAUUGCAAGAACUUUCAUUUCAUAUGAGUUAAUAUUUUAUAGUGAUGCAGCAAACAUCUUUGUAGAACUGGUUCCACCUGGUGUCUUUGUAUUUUCCAUAUAAUGUAAACUGAGCAGGACCAUAUAGGUGUAAAGUCAGCAAAUUUUUACUGACUAUUAUUCUUUGGCAUUUAAAAGAAAAUCAGACUUUCUUUGUCCAGGAUAGGACUUGCUAUGUGCUCAGUGCCACUGCAUGUUUAUGUUUAGAGUUUUGGGUUUGACUUUAAAAAAAAUUAUUUUUAAAUGUUUUGGGUGUCCUUUAUUCCAAUGUGGUACAUCUUAUUUCUAAAACCUUGGUUCUGAAAUCUGCUUACAGUCGGAUUAAAACUAGACUGGCAGUUUUACCGUAAUUUUCUAAAAAGGGGUUAGAUAUAUGUAAACUUGAUUUAAUAAAAAUCCAAAUAUAAACAUUGUUGUUUACACUGAAGUUAUCAGAUGCAGCUCUUACAGCCGUCCUGAUUCAUCAUGUGAUUGUGUCAGCAUGCAGAGGGCGGAGAUAGGGACCAUAUGGUGGUUGAGGUUGUUGACCUUAGGGAAAGUCAGUGCUAAUAAACAUACAUGCUUCAUGUUCAUAAUAAAAGUUACAUAUUUAAGGUA